CUAUAGCUCAACACCAUGACUGAGGCCAUACCAGUACCAGUGCAGAAGCUCCACGGCAAAGUGGCCAUCGUCACUGGCGCAGCCAGCGGCAUCGGAGCAGUCACGGCUCGCCUCAUCGCAAAUCACGGCGCUCUCGCUGUCGUGAUCGCUGACGUGCAAGACGCCAAGGGCCGAGAAGUGGUCGCAUCGAUCGGCUCCAACCGCUGCACCUACGUCCACUGCGACGUCGCCGACGAGGACCAGGUCAAAUACUUAGUUGACUCUACUGUCAAGAUGUACGGCCGCCUGGACGUGAUGUACAGCAACGCGGGAAUAGCCUCCCCGUCGCGGCAAACUGUGCUGGAGCUGGACCUGUCCUGGUUCGAUAAGCUGAUGGCGGUGAACGUGCGCGGGAUGGCAGCGUGUGUGAAGCACGCGGCUCGCGCGAUGGUGGAGAAAGGUGUCAAAGGCAGCAUAGUGUGCACAGCGAGCAUCGUGGCGGAAUGCGGGACAGAGGGCGUGACGGACUACACGAUGUCGAAGCACGCAGUGCUGGGGCUGAUGAGGUCGGCGAGUGUGCAGCUGGUGAAGCAUGGGGUGCGCGUGAACUGCGUGUCGCCGGGUCUGGUGGCGACGCCGAUGUUCAUCGCCGGUUAUAAGCUUGGGGCGGAGGAGCUGAGCAAGAUAAUGGCGGCGGUUUAUACAGGAAGCCAAUAUGGGCCGGUGAAGGAGAAAGACCUGGCGGAUGCAGUGGUGUUCUUGGCCUCUGAGGACUCGGCGUUGAUCACCGGCCAGAAUUUGAUUGUUGAUGGUGGAUUUGGAGCCCAGGCCGUAUCAGUAUUAGGACAAAACCGAGAUUCUUUUGUUAUGAAGUAGUACUGAAUAACAUAUAUUCUAAGCUAGUCUCAACUGAAUAAUGAUACUACUUGUCUACUUGUCGGGAAAACCCCUGUAAUAUUACAUGGAAGUUGUACAAUAACUAGUGUUUUAUCUCUCUGUAAUAACUAAUAAGAAUACAUGAGAGUUUUAUCUCUCCUUAGGUGUAUUCAAUCUUGAUUAUUUUGGUUAUGAACUUAUGAUGGGGAG